CCAAAGGUUGAACUUACGAAUGUUUUGUGGCUUUUUAUUUAUUUUGUGAUUUUUAAAAGUGAAAAAAUGAAGUUCAAAUUGAUUUUUGUUCAAUUUAUAUUCUUAAUUUUGGAAUUAAAUAAUGCAGAAGAAAGCUUUUACUGCUCAUUUGACACACGAUUAGUUGAUGGAGAUAAAUUCUUGAGUUAUCUACGGAAUCAUGGCUAUGGAUGUGUCUUAUUCGACAAAAAACAUGGAGAAGAUAGUGAAAAUGAAGAGCUUUUUAAGCAUCUUCAAGAUGAGAGUGAUUUUGAGGUUAAAUACAUAACUUCAACUGGUGAAAACAGCAUAAAUCCUGUAAUUGACUCGUCGAUUUGUCAAAAAUUCGAAAAUUUAGAAUUUAUUGAUAUCCAAAGUUCAUCUAUUACUAAAAUCAAUUCAGACUCUUUAAGCGGAUGCAAAAUUUUGGAAAUCCUCAAUCUUGGAGAAAAUGAAAUAUCCAGUAUUCCUGAUAAGCUAUUCGACAGAAACCUUAGAUUGAGUCAUGUAAAUUUAGCUCAAAAUAACUUGACAACUUUGCCUGAAAAUCUAUUUGCCAACAAUCAUGAACUUGAAGAACUGAACAUCAAUAACAAUGAAAUUAAUGACUUGCCUCCAAACAUCUUCAAAUCGUGCAGCAAACUUAAAUAUUUGAAGAUCAACAAUAAUAAAAUUGAAAAUUUGAAUCCAAAUUGGUUUGAGAGCCUUAAAAAUUUGGAAAUUCUGUUUUCCAAUAAUAACAAAAUAUCAGAAAUCAACUCAAAAGUCUUUAAUGAACUGACUGGACUUAAAUCACUGUACCUCAAUGGCAAUGGAAUUAAAACGUUGAGUCCUGAAGGGUUUUUAGGUUUGAAAGCACUUAGUCGUCUGUACCUUCAAGAGAAUGAGAUCACUUACCUGCCAGAAAAUAUCUUUCAAGAUUUAGAAAAUUUAGUGGAUUUGAACCUUAGUUCCAAUAAGAUAGGAUUCAUAAGCACAGAUUCAUUUGGUAACCACAGUGAAUUAUGGAAGUUAAACUUACAAAGCAAUGACAUCAAAAUUUUGGAUCCAAACUCGUUUAAAAGCAUGCAAAGUUUAGUAGAAUUGAACCUUGCUGCGAACCAAAUUUUGGAACUUCCUGAAAAUGUUUUUGAGAAUCUAAGGAACCUAAUGAGCUUAUAUCUAGGCAACAACAAACUUGAAACAUUAACUGUCGGUUGCUUCAAGGGCUUACGAAGCUUAACUACAUUAAGUUUAGGCUACAACAACCUUAUUGACUUACCAGAGUCCAUCUUUACUCCAUUGUCAAAUUUGGAGUUUCUGCAUCUCGAUCAAAAUAAUCUGACAACAAUUCAUUCAGACUCAUUUGGAUAUACCGCAAAGCUACAAAGGAUUUACUUGAAGAGCAAUUUAGUCAAUGCUGUUGAUGAAAAAAUUCUUCGUCUUGCACCUAAAGCUACUUUAGUGGUCGAUGUUGCACCUUGUGUGAAUUAUUAUGUAGCGAAUAUUAGACAGCGUUUAAGCAAGUGUUUUAAAAAUUAUAAACCUCGAACAGUGUAAAUUACACGGUUUUAAAGCAACAGUACAAUAAAGACUUUUGAUGAUUAAAAAAGAAAUUUUUUUUUAUGUAUAUUAAUCAGGUUGGUCAACCGAAGCUGACCUAUGAAAAAAUUGAUCUUAGACUCAUUAGAGUUUCUUCAUCACACGGUAAUCUUUAGUAAAAGGCGAAAGAUUAAUUCGAUAAUUGUGAUGAAGACAGAGUGAUUUGGUAAGAAUUCCAGGACAUGCCUUAUAUAAGUGAUUUCUGCUGGCUCUUGUGAAG